UUGACGUGUCAGCUGACGUAUAUCACGUGAUCCUGUAUGCGGAAGAAGAGAGUAUAGAUUUUCCUCUUUUAAUCGACUGAAUUCUCAUUGUUUUAUAUCCUUAAAUAGCUUUUAGACUGACAGUUGCAGAUUUGUAAUUUAUCUACGCUAACUUUCAGCAGUGUUUUCACUUUCUUUAUCACAGCUCUGUUGACUUAUGCCUGUAAACAUGAACAGUUAUGCACAUGUAAGUUAAAAAAUAUGAAAUCAAGAUGAAUAAGGCACUGUUUCUUUUAACGCUAUCUAUUUCUGUGGGCUCGACGUUUGGUGACGCAGAAGUGACAAUCAAAGCGCCAGCAACAGUUGAUCUACAGGAAAAGUCCUCACAAAACAUCACUAUUACGUUAAGUUCGCAGCUGAACACAUCUGUAACAGUUUAUUUUAACAUCACAUAUACGUCCAGAAAUGUCUCCUCACUAAUUCAACUACCAGAUGAGGUUGUCGUGCCAAAAGGAAACACAUCUGUAUCUUUUGAAGUGCAAGCAAAGGGAGUCGGUCAGGUUACAGUUGUCCUUUACAGCAAUGACACGCGCGUUAAAAACUUUGAAACUCGAAUUAGGUUUUUGAUUGUCAGGAGCAACGUUCUCUUCAUCAUUAACCAGAUUAUUGGCUGGAUUUACUUCCUGGCCUGGUCUGUGUCAUUCUACCCACAGGCAUAUGAGAACUGGAAACGACGCAGUGUGGUGGGCCUCAGUUUUGAUUUCAUCAGUCUCAACCUGACUGGAUUCAUUGCUUACAGCGUUUUCAAUGUUGGCCUGUUCUGGGUGCCAUAUAUACAGGAGGAAUUCUUGAAGAAAGAUCCCAAUGGAGUCAUUCCAGUCGACGCCAAUGAUGUGUUCUUCAGUCUUCAUGCUGUAGUUCUCACUCUCGUCUAUAUCUGCCAAUGUGCCAUCUAUGAGAGAGGUGAUCAAAAGGUGUCCAAAGUGGCCAUUGGGUUGUUGGUGAUUGGCUGGACCUUUGCGUUUGUCUCCCUCUUUGUCGCCGUGGCACAGAAGAUCACCUGGCUGGAUUAUCUGUACUACUUCUCCUAUAUUAAACUGGGUGUUACACUUGUAAAAUACAUUCCACAGGCUUAUAUGAACUACCGUAGAAAGAGCACAGAGGGAUGGAGCAUCGGCAACGUUCUACUGGACUUCACCGGCGGCAGCUUUAGUUUGAUUCAGAUGUUCCUUGAGGCCUUUAACAAUGAUAAAUGGAAGUUUAUAUUUGGGGACCCUACAAAGUUUGGAUUGGGCGUGUUCUCCAUCUUUUUUGAUAUUGUGUUUAUAAUACAGCAUUAUUGUCUGUAUGGGAACAGAGAGCCACCAUAUCAAGAUUUAAAUGAUCAGAAAUAGAUUAUCAGCACCUCACUUGCCUUAAACUAUGUUAUGUUUUUGUAUACAAUGUUUGAUAUGGUUUGAAUGAUCUAAAAAUUUAAAUCAUCUAUUAAAGGGAAUUAUGAACUUUCACUAAAGCCUGCAUCUUUUGAACGUGAGAGAUAUUAGUCAUAGUUUUGUAAAUUUGUAUGGUAGAUUGCCAUAAAUGAAAACUGUCUUUACUAAAUAGUUGGAGCUGGUACAAUGAAAUCAAUUGUAUAAACACUAUAAUGUAAGCUGGUCCUUGUGACUUUUUGUCACAUUUUGAAUGAAAAAUAAACUACAAUGAGAG